AUGGAGAGUAUCCCGGUCCUGCUGUGGCUGUGUGUAGCGGUGUGCUCAUCUUCUCCCUUGCGUGGAAGUGCGAGGGAUGAAGACAAUGGCAUGGAGCUUCUUCAGAAAUACCUACAAAACUACUAUGGUCUUGAAAAAGAUGUGAAGCAGUUUGUUAAGAGAAAGGACACUAGUCCUGUUGUCAAAAAAAUCCAAGAAAUGCAGAAGUUCCUCGGGCUGAAGGUGACAGGGAAGCUAGACUCCGACACUAUGGAUGUGAUGAGUAGGCCCAGGUGUGGGGUUCCCGACGUUGGUGGCUUCAGUACCUUUCCAGGCUCACCAAAGUGGAGGAAAAACCACAUCACCUACAGGAUUGUGAACUACACACCGGACUUACUGAGAGAGAGUGUGGACUCUGCCAUUGAGAAAGCCUUGAAAGUGUGGGAGGGGGUGACCCCGCUGACGUUCUCCAGGAUCUCUGAAGGAGAGGCUGACAUAAUGAUCUCCUUUGUGGUUGGAGAACAUGGAGACUUUGUCCCUUUUGAUGGGCCUGGCACAGUUUUGGCUCAUGCCUAUGCACCUGGACUGGGGAUUAACGGAGAUGCUCACUUUGAUGAUGAUGAACAAUGGACAGAUGAUACCACAGGAACCAACCUAUUCCUGGUUGCUGCUCAUGAACUUGGCCACUCCCUGGGUUUGUUUCACUCAACCAAGGCUGAAGCUUUAAUGUACCCAGUCUACAAGUCCUCUACAGACCUGGCUAGCUUUCGUCUCUCUCAGGAUGAUGUGGAUGGGAUUCAGUCCCUCUACGGACCUCCCCCGGGAUCCCCUGAUGUCCCUGUUGUACCCACUGAAUCUAACUCCCUGGAACCCGAGACAUCGCUGAUGUGCAGUCCUGCUUUGUCCUUUGAUGCAGUCAGCACCUUGCGAGGAGAAAUCUUGUUUUUCAAAGACAGGCACUUUUGGCGCAAGUCUCUCAGGACCCCUGAGCCUGGCUUUCACUUGAUCUCCUUGUUCUGGCCGUCCCUCCCUUCCAACGUGGAUGCUGCCUAUGAAAUUACCUACAGAGAUACUGUUUUCAUUUUUAAAGGAAGUCAGUUCUGGGCUAUACGAGGGCACGAGGAGCAAGCUGGUUAUCCUAAAAGCAUCCACACCCUGGGUUUCCCUGCAAGCGUCAGGAAGAUCGAUGCCGCCAUUUCUGAUAAGGAGAAAAAGAAGACGUACUUUUUCGUAGAGGACAGAUACUGGAGGUUUGAUGAAAAGAAACAGUCCAUGGAGCCAGGAUUCCCCAGGAAGAUAGCUGAGGACUUUCCAGGCGUAGACUCAAAGGUGGACGCUGUCUUUGAAGCAUUUGGCUUUUUCUAUUUCUUCAGUGGAUCUUCACAGAUGGAGUUUGACCCAAAUGCAAAGAAAGUGACACAUGUGUUGAAGAGCAGCAGCUGGUUUAAUUGUUAAAGGAGAUUCAAGGAAGGCACAGUGUG